AUGGAAAGUGAAUAUGAUAUGAUAGCAUUAACUGAGACCUUUCUUACGAGUUCAGUGUCCUAUGGUGAACUCUUUCCUCCGGGUUUUCAUGUGGUUCGUAAAGAUAGACCUGGUGAUUGUGGAUGGGGAGGAGUUUUGCUCGCGAUUCGUGAUCGUUAUAAUGUUAAAAUAGUUACGGAUAUUGUUAGUAUGACUGAUGACAAAGAAUUAAUAUUUGCAAUUGUGACAUUUAAAAAUGUAAAAGUUUUAUGUUGUGUCGUAUAUCUGCCACCAAAUUAUAAGGAUGAGCAAUAUUUGAAUGUUUUGACAUGUAUAGAAAAUGUGAUUUGUACUUACCCUGACCUAAAUGUUCUAAUCCUAGGUGACUUUAAUUUAAACUCUUGCAGUACCAAUAUAAAGACUUCUUUUGACUUUUUUUGUGAAUUCUGCUCGCUUAAGCAAUAUAAUACAGUCUUAAAUAAUCGCGGUGGUAUGCUGGAUCUGGUGCUGGGCAAUUUUGAAGCUAAACAGAUAGUGGUAUCUCUCAGUGAAGAUCCUCUGGUAAAUAUCGAUCAGUACCAUCCUAUGUUCGAUAUAAAUAUUACAUUUCCGGGCUUUUGGAUAGCAUCGAGCGUGUCAUCUUUGCAGCAAGUGACACCUCGCUCGGAUACCAAUACAGAUUGGAACUGGCGUAAGGCAGAUUUUCAGGGUCUAUAUAGGACUUUGAUUGAAAUAGACUGGUCUGAUUUGUUAACAAUAAGCGAUAUUAACUGUGCUGUACAGCUGUUCUAUGAUAAGCUAUACGAAAUUAUAAAUCUGUUUGUGCCUAUUAAAAAACAAUUAUCAAACAAUCAGCGAUACAUAUAUCCAAACUGGUACAACGUAGAAAUAAUAAAAAAUAUAAAAACCAAACACUUUCAUCAUAAGCAAUUCAAAAAAGAGGGCAAAGAAUUUAAUAAGGCUAUGUUUAUAUAUUAUAGAGAAAAAUUUAAGAAAUUGAUUGACUGCGAAUACCGGAAAUAUAUGACUGUACUACAAAAAAAUAUCAUUGACGAUCCUGUGCAAUUCUGGAAAUAUGUAAAGGAGAAGAAAAACAAUAGAAGGUACAUAGAUACAUAUAUAUAUGAAAAUACUGCAGUGACAGAUCAAGCCGCAGCCGAUGCCUUUGCUAAAUAUUUUGCGUCCGUAUUUCAUGCAGAGAAACCCGUACUAAACCCGGAUACUGCUGCAAAAGCUGCAUAUGCACAUAUACAUCGAGAUGUGACCUCAGUUUCCAUCACGACAGUUGAUGAAAACGAUCUGAAGAAGGUAGUGAGACGCCUUAAGCCACGAUCGGCUGGUGGGCCGGAUGGCAUUCCUGUCUUCUUAGUUAAGGACUGUAUAUCAGUCCUCUUCUGUAUUUGUAUAAUCUUUCAUUGA